AUGGUCCGAUUAAUCUGCUGCCGCCACGCCCCCACCGCAUCCCAGCUGACGUUCGGAAAGCCAUGGAUAAUCUGUGGAGACUCGUUUGUGUAUCUUCCGCCACCGCAGCCGUUUGCAUGGGCGGACUGGCUGAGCACACUCGCGCCAGCAGUGGAGCUGCUUAUAGCAAGGCACGACAUCGACCUUGGCGCCUGCAGGUUCCCCUGGCCGCGGCUGCGGAGCCUCGGGAUUGUCGUGGCGAGCGACUACGAUGUGAUGAACCCGCCGGUGGUUGGUGCGGAGUAUGAGCGGGAGAGGGAUCGUGGUCGGGAUAGCGAUGGUGACGAGUUUGAUGAUGAGGAGGAAGAGGAAGAGGUGGAGGAGGAGGAUGAGGAGGAUGAGGAGGAUGAGGAUGAUGAGGAGGAUGAGGAUGAUGAGGAUGAUGAGGAUGAUGAGGAAGAUGAGGAGGAUGAAGAUGAUGAGGAUGAUGAAGAUGAUGAGGAUGAUGAGGAUGAGUAG